CGCGCUGCGGCCCCUUUAAGAGCAGCCGGGUGGAGACUCAGAGGAAGUGAAGCGUCAACACCAAACUCGCCAAAACAGAAGAACCGGAGACGCCGCCGCCCUCAUGGUCUUCGCCCCGGUUCGCUUUUACACGGCGGCACGUUACAGGUCCGGAACAGAGCAUUGCCUGGAUUGUGUUUAGAGGACUGGUGUCAGGAGGCCUGCAGUGCUGGCGUCAUGGUGAAGAAUGUUGUGUCGUGGUGAAGAAUGUUCCGCAAGGUUAAGAAGCGCCACAGCAGCAGCAGCUCCCAAAGCAGUGAGAUCAGCACCAAGAGCAAGUCUGUAGACUCCAGUUUGGGAGGUUUGUCCAGGUCCAGCACAGUCGCCAGCCUUGAUACAGACUCCACAAAGAGCUCAGGUAAUAGUGCAUCUGAGACAUGUGCUGAAUUCAAGGUUAAAUAUUUGGGAGCUGUUGAGAAGCUGGACUUUGGGAUGAGCAAAACCCUCCAGGAGCCGUUAGACCUGAUCAGCUAUAUCGAUGCAGCUCAGCAAGACGGAAAGCUUCCCUUCGUGCCUAGAGAAGAGGAGAUGAUCCUGGGAGUGUCCAAAUACGGAGUCAAAGUUGUGUCUUUGGACCAGUGUGAUGUGUUACACCGCCACCCACUCUACCUGAUAGUGCGCAUGCUGUGUUAUGAUGACGGUCUUGGAGCUGGGAGAAACCUCCUGGCCCUCAACACCACCGAUGCCAAGCAGCAGGAGUGCAGCAUCUGGGUCUACCAGUGCAGCAAUGCGGAACAAGCUCAAGCCAUCUGUAAAGUGCUCUCCGCUUCCUUCGACUGUGUUCUGGCUUCAGACAAAUCCUGAGGCACGUCUGUCAGGUCAAAGCCACACCUCUAACAUAAACCAUGCAUGAAGGCAUGAACCCUGGAUAAUGCUCAGGGUGUCAGUAGAAAUCUCCUCCUCUAGUAGAGGUUAUGUUCAGGAUUACGACACAGUAAAUCCGCUCAGUGAUCAGUAUAUACGAGUGGCCUCUGCAGGCAGCAGCGUUUACAUCAAUCAUGCACAUUCUAUCUUCUGCUUCUGAUAUUACAGACCCUAUCACCCAAAGGCCUUCCAGGCAAAUUGUUAGCCUAAUUUAAUUUUAUUUAAAUAUGUAAAUAUACACUGAGCUCAGCAUACGGUUUCUUCAGAAACUGAGCAUCACAUGGGAUUAAUGCUAUCAGCGGUACAGUGAGUACGGAGGAGUACAAGGACUUAUUCAUCAAACAUGCUGUAAAUUCCAGCUAUGUGUAGCCCAAAGGGAGGAGUGUUGAGGGGUCUGAUGUUCAGUGCUGUGUAUAACAGACCACCCUCUCUUGUCCUCAUAAAUCCUAGUCCAGAUGGUACUGGAUCAGUUCAUGUGGUACUAUAACAUGACAGAAAAACGGUACAAUAAACUUUUUAAUUGAUUUUCA